AAUCCAUGAGGCCUAGCUAGGUCUGGAUGUGAUGAGUAAAGCUAAGUGAUCUUACCUUUCUUUUAACGUUAUGUAUAAACGGACAAGUGUUACAUGAAAACCGUAGGCACUGCGGACCUUCUUCUACAACAAGAACAUUUCCACAGUACCAUCAAAGAUGGAUGUAGAUAGUUCACCACGACAGAUAAUGUCAAUGGAAGACUCACUGAAAGAAAAUACAGAAAAGGAUAGGAUGGAAGAAGAAGACCCAUUCUCAAAAGAAAUGCCUCACCAGGAUGCUAUGAAGGUGAUCAAGGAGGGCAUUGAAGAGGCUAUUGGUGAUGAUCCUCUUCUUUGUGACCUCCCAACUGAUGUCACCCCAGAGGAAGUCAGUCUUCAAGUAGCCUUAGAGUACGGACAGGCUAUGCUUGUCAAUGUGUGUAGAGAAGAUGGAGAAGUAAUGCCUAUUGUUGUUUUGCAAGGAGCUUCCGUUCUUGAUCUGAAGAAAGCCAUUGCUCGUUACAUCAGCCUGAAAUUCAACAGGGAGGGAAUAACUAAGUCUGUCAGUUGGAGGUUUGUGUGGAGACGUUACUGGCUGUCAUUUGGAGGGCAUAAUUUGACACAAGAUAAUAAGCUAAUUAAAGAUUAUGGCAUCAAAAACAAAGAUCCAGUCACAUUUGUCAAGAGGUUAAAGGGAAAAGGUGCAGGAUACUAAGCGUAGAUGGUGAUCACAUGACUAUUUGUAACAUCGGAUUGCAUUUAAUAAUUUGCUGAGGUUGGUGCUACAUUGCUAUAAAUGGGUCAAAUGCCACCUGACUUGUUUGGAUUGCAGGUACCAUUUGGAAGAUAAAGUAAGCAUCAGAUGGUCAAUGGUGUAUUAAAAGUCUGAAAGUAUUUUCAACUUUAAGACAUUCUUGCAUUUAAAUGUCUGCUUGGUCUUAAAUUACCUGGUCGAUUUACAAAAUCAGGUAUAAGAGAAGUUUGAAUUUUUAUGCACAAUUGCUUGUUAAGCCAACAAGGCUGCGAGUAGAAUACAUGAAUACUUGUAGCAGCAUGUCUAUGUUGGCCGCCAAUAUGUACUGACGCAUGAGUGAUUCUAUUCUAGCAUCGCGUCGUCGCACAAACCAAAAGCUCCCUAAUGAAGUGAAGUAUGUACUGUAUUUAUAUUUGGUAGUGUAUUUUUAUUCAAAAGGAGAAAAUAAAUGUAAAAUGUACAGUAUUAUAACUCGUCAGACUUCCAAUUGAAUUUUAAGAUUACUGUUAAUGUUUAAAGAGGCAAUCAUACUCACAAUCAUUUAAUUUUAACAUAUUAGUUGGCAGGUCUUUAUUUAAAUGAGGCCACAGCCUAAUUUGCUACUAAGUACAAGGAAGGGAGUAACUCAGACUGUUUACAUUUUUACAGGACAUAAAAGGAUUAAUGCAGACUCUUAUUUGAAAUAAAUGUAUGUAUUGAGUCAACAAA